AGGUGGAGGAGGUAUAGUGACCUUGCAGAAUCUGUGUAAUGAAAUCAUUUUAUAAUAAAUAGUAAUCUAUUUUGUAAAUGCAUAUAUUACGUACAUUAGUAUAAUAUUAGUAUUUAUAUUCAUUAGUAUAAUUAUUUUAUAAUGUGUUAAAUGUCAAAUUUAAACAAAAAUGUAAUAACAAGCAGUGAAUUAUGAUUACAUUCAAACAAAUAUGUAAUUUGGUUCUAACUUGUGCCGAGCGGACAAAGCGGUAUAAAUUUAUUCUAGUAUGAAGAGAAUCCUAGAAAAAUGUCGUCCAUUUAAUCGGACGCGUUGUAACUCUGCUUAGGCAUCUUGCUGUACACGCAGGUGGACAAUAUGGAACACAUUUCGGUGGACAAGGUCCGCACGGCACUGGUGGUGUACAUAUCGUAAUUUUACAGGGUGGUGGACAAGCCAUGCAAGGUGACGGACAACAUGAGUAAGGUACACACGAUGGAGCGGAUGGUAAACAGCACGGGGUUGUAGGUGAUGAACAACAAAGCGUUAGGGGACAGCAUAAAGGACUUCUUCCGCAAGACAUUAUAACUUUUUCUCUUAGAUUUCAGUUUUUUAUUUAUAUGUUUUAUUUUAUGUUAUUAGAAGUAUGUAAACUUUAAAUUUUGAUAGCUCUUUAGAGAAUGAUAACAAACAACUGAAAUCUAAAAUAACUUAUUCACUUAUUAUAUUUUACAUGAUACAUGAAUAUAUAAACAUAUAUUCAGACCAUGUCAUCAUUUCUUUAGAAUCAAUCAUUUUAGUUCAUGCUCUAAUAAUAAAUUAAUUGUGUAAAAAUUAUGCACUAAAAAAAUAGGAUGAGUAUAUAAAAAAAAUGCAAACCCUGCGACUUUUAUAAAAAUUGAAUAAAAUUAAAUUUUUGUGAUUAUUGCAAUUCAUUCUUCAAAAUGCCGUGCGAUGGAAAAAAUCCAAAUUGUGAUAAAAGACGAGAAUUACUAGCACAGCUAAAAUGCUUAAUUAGCUCUAUGGAUAGAAAGAAACCAUGCGAAUGGGAUGAACCAUUUUGUCCACCUUCUGUUAUGUGUCCUGCUUCACCUUGCAAUGAUUUACCUUGUUGCAGUCCAGUCAAACGUUGUAAAAGCUUCGAUUUUCGAACAAGUAUAAUAUACAGAUGCGAGUGUAUUAAAAGAAAUGGUUUACAAGAUAGAUGCAUGAUGUGGGACUGUAUGGGUAGACCAGAAUGCAUGACGAAAUUGUAUCCUGUUUGUCAACCAGGCCAGUGUGCAUUAUUGAAGCUAACUGAUUUAGGAGACGUAACUGUUGCUUUGAAAAAAUUUUACUGUGCUGAUCAAGCAAGGGAAUCUGCUUUAGCUGCAUACUGUAGAUUAACUUGCAAUGAUGCUAAAAUGUCUUGCAAUACAAACGCGCAAAAAUUGACAUGUCCUCCACCUAUGUGUGCAAGUGACUCUUCAAAUAGAUGUUGCGCACCCUCCGUUCCUUGUUGUAUACCAACGUCAUCUGUACCACCUUGCAUUUCUUACAAUCUUUGCGUACCAUGUCCUCCACCAUGUCCACCUCAGUGUCCACCAUCUUGUCCACCGUGUUGUUUACCACCAUGCCCACCGCCUUGUCCACCAUGUUGUUUACCACCUUGUCCACCAUCAUGUCCACCACCUUGCCCCCCACCUUGUUCACCAUGUUGUCCACCACCGUGUCCUCCACCUUGUCCUCCACCUUGUUCACCAUGCUGUCCACCACCUUGCCCUCCACCUUGCCCACCACCUUGUUUACCAUGUUGCCCACCACCUUGCCCUCCACCAUGCCCACCACCUUGUCCUCCACCAUGCCCACCGUCUUGUCCACCAUAUUGUUUACCACCUUGUCCGCCACCAUGUCCACCACCUUGCCCUCCACCUUGUUCACCAUUUUGUCCACCACCAUGUUUACCAUGUAUACCUUAUUGUUCUCCUUGUCCACAACCUUAUGUUUUUUGCAACCCACCUUCUUGCGCUCUUCCUUGUCCGCCUUGUUAAUGUUGUGUGCCUUGU